UUUUUUUCAGUGUUUGUUUUGGAGGGUUUUUGCCGCCAAAACAUUCGCUCAGUCCGAAUCUGUGCUGCGGGAUGAAUUGUAGUACGUACGACACGCGAGUUUGGCGCGAACACAGCCCCAUCCAGUCAGUGCUAUUACUGCCGUUGAAAGGUUAGUUUUAUCGCGCACGGUCCGAUUCUUCGCAGUUAAAUGUUUAUUGAAGAAUUCAAGAUUUUGCGUCGUUUGCUGUCAGAAUAAGGCGCUGUUUCCGAUUCCAGACGAAAGAAGAAAGUUGCGUGGAUCGUUGACACCAUCCGGGUCUUCGGAAAUGCUGUCUUCAGUGAUGGUUGUUCAGUUUUAGGCACAAACUUGGGUGUUUUUUUUUAAGAGUGCGCGCGGGGGUUGUUUUUCGUCGAUUUUUGAAUGUGCAAAAAAUGUCGAUGAAAAGUUCCGUUUCGCGAGACGGGCACAUGCCGUCCUCCGGUGACAUUAUUCGAUGCGGCGUCUUCAAGAAAAUGAAGACUUCUCGCAAAAAAUAUUUCGUUCUUCGAGCGGAAACUCCAGAUGCUCUCGCUCGUCUCGAAUACUACGACUCAGAAAAAAAAUUCCGAGCGGGCCUGCCACCGAAACGGAUCAUCGCCCUAAAGACCUGUUUCAACAUAAAUACGAAAACGGACUCGAAACACAAGCAUGUCAUUGCUCUCUAUACCAAGUUGGAUUGUUUUUGUAUUGUGUUCGAUGGGGAGGACGAUCUCAAGGUUUGGCUCAAGGACUUCCUCACCCUCCAGCACGGAGAGGAACUUCCAGAAGGCGAAAUUCCUAAGCCCAAAUUUGAAUAUGUUUGGCACGUGUCUCUAUGUGAAAGAGGCCUGGGCCAGGGAAGAACUGGAAUAUAUCGACUAUGUUUAACGGAUAAAACCGUAACUCUUGUUAAAGUGGACCAGCCAAUUCCCACCGUCAUCGAACUAUCGCUCAGCAACGUCCGAAGUUGCGGACACCUGCAGAACUUCUUUUUUCUAGAGGUUGGGCGAAUGAGUGAGAUUGGGGCUGGUGAGAUCUGGUUUGAGGCCGAUGACAGUAAUAUCGCCUUAAACAUUCAAUCAACAAUAACCCACCGGUUUAAGAAGGCGCGUCAGCAACUAGCGACCUCAGAGGCUGCAUCAGCGGCAACUGGUGGAACUGCUGCUGAAUCCCCGACUGAACUACACCCCAAAGGUCGCAAUCGAUCUGCGAGCGCUACUGAACCCUCCAAAACCACAUCCAAGAAGUUCAAUCCGAUUUUCUCGUCUAAGUACGCUUCUUCUCAAGAUCCUUCAGCUGCUGCAACCAGCGCUGCGUCGUCCGCAACAACCUGCACUACUUCAGUGACUGGCGUAGCGAUGACCAUUUUCAACCACCUUCUACAGAGAAACAGCAAUAAGCGGCGCCAUUCUAUAUCAGGUGGUGGAAUGGGCUGGUCAACAGGGGGAAAUCAUCAGCGCACACAAUCGUUGCCAUUCGCUACACCGAUCAUCAGUGCACCCAAUUGUGCCCCCGAUAACACCAUAAGUUUAACCAAUCAUCAGCCUAUAUGUAAAAAAGCGCAAGCCAUCAUCGGAGGGGGAAAAUGCGCUAGAGAACGUUGUGAUAGUAUGCCGUCGCGCCCUAGAACAACAAGUGAAGGGAAUCAUGCUCUGCCUCCAUGGGGAAAAUCGCACUUGUUACCCUACCGGGCUCAUCUUCGGGACCCUUCACACAGCCCUCCCACUGGCAGUCCGAUCAGUCCGCCUUCUGAUUCCACGGGGUCUUCGUACAGUUUGCCCGAUGAACACGAUGGGCAUGAUAUGGAGCAUCAACGAAUGUACUCGACGUUGCCUCCAGAGGAAGUUAUUGCGGAGGAAGAGUAUCCUGAAUCUCCUCGCGCUAAUACAUCGGGAGAUGGCUAUGUGCUGAUGAGUCUACAAGACCCUUAUCAAAAUGACUAUACCUAUAUGGGAGGGCCGCAAGGUGCUUCAAAUAGUGCUAGUACGAGUAGUAUUACAUCCGGAACUCCCAGCACGGAAAUGAAAUGUUCCGAAUACCCAUUGGAGAAAGUGUUCUCUUACGUCUCGGCCAAUGACGAUGAUACGCGUCCUGGUCGGGCCUAUUCCUUGGGGUCGAAACCUCCGGAAAAUCAGCUGGCUAACAAUUUGGAGAAGACAAGGACGCGCGCUUUUAGUGUGGGAUCGAAGAAGAAAACUUUCAAUAGGGUUCUGCAGCCCCAUCAUCAUGUGCCGGGAAUAAAAUCGAACAGCGCGCCUAUAUUAGGGCCCAAUUCGCGUGUAGGCAGUUCGCACGGCUCCAUUAACACCAAUCCCAUGGACGAUCUGAUGGAGAUGGAUUUUUCCGAUCAAAAGACUAAAUCGAGUUACAAAUUUUUGUCCGGAAACAAAUCUUCCAGUCAUUGUAAUCACAAGAACAACAGCUGUAACGGCACGAAGGGAAGACUGAUGGAAUUCAUUGAAAGUCUGGGUGCGGUUAUCGGUGUCGACAGCAAGAAGUCCGCUGGUCACGAUGGGUACAUAAAUAUGAAAGGAGGCUCGAAAGGAGCGUCAAACAGCAGCGACGCGGCUCCUUAUGUGGAUAUGUCGCAAGGUCAACGUUUGUCCAGUGUGGAUCCGAAUUUCCAAUCGCCUUACGCUCAGUCGAAUGCGGGCCCCAACACCAAUUCGAUAUUCUCUAGGAUUCCAAACCCGUUUAAUCCGGAUUCACGCAGUGACUAUGUGGAUAUGUUUGAUUCCAGCCCCAGUAGAGGCACUUUGAAGCCAAUGACUUUAGAGGAGCUCAGUCGGCACGUGCGCCGUCAACAGAUGGAACAGGCUCAUGAUUACAUAGACAUGAACCAGAGGCAGCGAAUGAACUCGAAUUCGUCCACAUAUUCCAGAGCAGCUACUUCUCCAGGAGCAUUAUCGGGCGAUCACAAUUCAGACAUGCAUCAUUUGCCAGGAAGAGGCAGCCGUUCCGACAGAACUGACUCGUUUGGAUCGCAAUUGUCCACAUCGCCGCAAUCCGACCAUAUUCCUCAUAGUUUGGACGAACUGGCGCGGAUGUCUCAGAACAGUGCUCAGGAUAUGGACGGUUAUGUGCCGAUGUCGCCGGUCGAUUUAAAUAAUCCUCCAUUCCACCACAAUCGGCAGAACAGUGCGGACCGGACCGAUGGAGAUUACUUGAAUAUGUCGAAAGGCAGCGUGGCGUUAAAUGCCGCUAAGGAUAACGUCCGGUCCAAACCGAUCCCCAUUCAAACAGCGGCAGGAAACACUUCAGUGGGAAAUUCCAGCCCGCUUUCCAUUUCAUCGUUGCUGGGGCGAAAGGCAUCGCCUACCGGUGGUUCUCCCAAGUUGCACCUACCGCUGAGCCCCUAUUCUAGCCUUCCCCGGCAACGGUCGCCCAGGAAAUCGUCGUUGCAGACUAACAGCUCUAAGGACAGCUCCGUAAGCUCCAGUGUGACCACCACCCCGUCUAGUUCCUCAAUAAUGUUUCCUAUGAGCCUAAAUAGUCCAUCAUCGCCCACAGUGGGGCCGACUAGCACCGCUGGAACUCCUACUGCGUCUGCAAUGAAAGUUCCGGCAUCCAUUCUGAAUGUUCCCUAUAAACCCACUGGCCACAGAAAGAAGAGCACGAUUGAUGGUUACACCAUGAUGGACUUUGAGCCCAAGAAAAGUCCCGUGGAAGCAGUUAAGGUGGAUGAAUCUGCUUACAUGAAUUACUGUCCGCCAACUGCAAGAGUCCCGAGACAACUAGACGUAGUGGACACCGAUUACGCUGAUUAUGCUAUAAUGAAACCCUCCUAUUUUUCCUCGUUCAAAACUUUGCCGCGGAAGAGUGGAGCUGCCCCUCCUCCUUUGGUCAGUCCAUUGGUUUCCGCUGGGCCCAACGACCGGCAUAGCAUGUGUUUUAUGCCCAUCCAAGAAUCCAAUGAACGGAUCAAUAGUUCCACACCAGAAUGCAAUGCGACGCAAGGUGAAAAACUGGACAGAAAUCAACCGGAAUCCAAUCCUAGUGAAGGUUACGACAGACUUAAAUCGCCUUCACCGUCGCCUAAAAGUUUGCACCCGAACUCAUCGAACUCGGAAACAAUUAAAACACAGGUACAACGACCUGCAUCCACGACGGGAUCCGAAAAGCCGCCAUCUAGACCUCCCUCAGAAUGCUCGGAAGGUCUUACCUCUAGACUGGGAUCAAACUCCAGCGUCUAUUCAUCCAGUUCGUCAGCUUCAACUGUGGUAGGGGUUGUAACAAACCAACUGGAAUCUGAGCAGGCUCCUCAACAUGUAGUCCGACUUCACUAUGCGAGUCUGGAGUUGUCUUGCGAUCCUCUAGAAGGCAGGCGGAGUCCUAAAGCGACAAGCGAAACUAAUCUGAAUGAUGGCGACCAUACGACAUUUGUUUAUGCAGAUAUUGAUUUUGUAAAGAGUGAGGAGUUGAGUCGGAACGGGGCUCCAACUGCGCCCAACGUGAGUAGUAGUAGUAGCAACAAUAGCGCUAGUAUAAAUUAAGCGGUGUUAUAUAGACAAUUUUUACCGGUAGAUAAUUCGUAAGAUCUUUGAUGGCAAGUUUGAUUGAAGUGGCAACUGCAAAUGCACUUUCUCUUUAGCGGGAUUGAAAAAUUGUCAUCAAACAUUUUAUUAAGGAAGAAUGCAGUUCUUCCAGUGUAUAUGAAAACUGUUUCCUAACUAAUAUACCAUUUACGAACUAGCAUAAAGAUGAGAUACAGCCGAAAUUCCGGCAGUAUGUCGCAAUCCAAACAAAAUUGCUUAAUAUUACGCUUAAAUAAAUCUGAUUAUUCGAAGUUAUUCCGGGUUAGACGUUCCGUUUUUCCAACAUCGAAUCACUACCCGAAAACAAAUCUGUAGCAUUUUAGCAUGUCUUAUCAUCACACGGCUUUAGCUUGUAGCCGCAGGCAGGAAAACGGAGUGUCGUUUUUAUUGCAAAUUUUUUUUCGAUAUAGACUGAUUAUAUAAACUUUUUUUUUACAUUGUAUAGAUAAUUUUUUACACAUAUCUGCAUUAGUGUAAAAAUGUACUUUAAAUGAUAAGUUUUACUAAACAAAUUAUGUUUUUGGAGACAGUAACUGGAUUUUUUUUGUUGUUCCAGUAUAACAAUAACUAAACAAUUAUGCCACGAAGAUAUUCAGUGGCUGCAAAAUGUGACAAAAUCCGAUUCAAUUAUUGGUCCAAAAACGUCGUUUUUUGUGUAACUGUAUUUUUACAACCCUAUAGAGAAAAAUUAGUUUUAAAUAAUUGUUGUACGUCAAGUGAACAUAUCAUCUAAAUGAAAAAUGCAUAAUUAAAAACUAUUAUACGUAAGCAUUGUACACUCUCGAUUAUAGGUAAUUGUCCCAGCGACCCGGACUUGAACACUUUCCAAACCAUUUGAGAAUGUCAACUUCUGAAUUAAAAUAAAAAUCAUAAUAUUUACUAAUGUUACUCGGCAUUAUUACUUCUAUAUUUACAAUUGAUAGUGAAAACUAGGCCAGUUGAAAAACAUCGGGCAUCACUUUCCAAAAUAAGACAGAAGGGACGUUUUUAUUGAAUAAUAAAUAGCCUUAUAUUACUGCAUAGUUAGUAAGGUGUUUAAAUCUAAUUUAACUAAUUAUUCUACUAUUAUUGGUGUUUAAAAAGUUCUUGAACUAAUAAUAGUAGACAAGAGUACCAGGAUUGUUUAGGUCAAAUACUAAGAAAACAGUUUUUAAUUAAUUGACAAAAUGGAAGGAGCUGCGAAAGGUACUUGAUGAUCAAGCAGUCUAGCUAAAGAUACUUUGUAUUAAAGUGUUUCCGAGACUUUUAUUCAGCAUUUUUAUUUGAUGGAAAUCAGACUACUACUACCGAUCACUGCCGAAAAUCACCCUAGUACUUCUUUUCUAAAACAAGAACCUUUUCUAGAUCCUCCAUAGAAUCUUGCGAAUAUUUAGUGAAUUGUUUUAGAUAAAUAUAAGUAUAAUAGAACCGCAUUUCGUUCAAGAAAGAAAAAACAGUGCUGCAAUAGACUUUCCUACCCGAAAUAGAAUCGACACACAGUAUUUUUACAUUAGAACUUUAUGUUUGUAAUUGUUUAAGGAACGCUCGUGUAUUUGUAAGUAUACUAUAUUAUACUCCUCAAACUAAAUGUAUACCAUCGUAAACAAUAAGCUAAAUUUUUUCGUCGUUAUAAUGUUUAUUAUUAUUAUUAUUAUUCGUAUUCUUAGUGAUUGAACAUGGUCAAGUUUGAGCUUUUACAACUGGCAGGAAUUACAAUUAUUUGAGAAAAUAUUUCAGCAAUUCACUCAGAAGCGCUCGAGUCGAGAGAGUUUCUUCCAUAACUGAUUGCAAGUUACAUUCAGAUCAGAAAAAUUUAUUUUUUUAAUUAAUUCACUUUUUAUAAAAUAGAAGAACAACAGAACCUUAACACUACCGAUUGCAAAUGACCCCAGUUGUAGCCUUAAAUAGAUAAAAAAAUAAUUUGAACAUGAUAUUAACUUAUACACUUCGUGUAAUGUGUUUAUAUCACUCGAGGCUCAAAAAUAUAUUCCUAUAAUAAUAGUUCAAAACCUUUUUAUUUCUAAUUUUUAAGUCUUGUUUUUGUCGUUUAGUAAGUUCUUACAUUUAUUUAUUUACACUUAUAUUCAGUGUUGGACAGUUUUUUGUUAAUGAUGUAUUCUUCAUAAGUUAGUUGCGUUGAUUCGUAGGCGAUUCGUUGCAACAUGCGGUAUUCUCUAGUGGUUUGUAGCCGUUAAAAUGGAAUAUUCUGCGGAAUUUUGGUACAAACUCCACUACUGAACUGUUGAUCUAUCAUUCAAGAUAGCAAGCAGCCUUACGUAAGUUCAAACGUUCCCGUUUUGGAUUCUAGUUAAUUUUGCGAAAAGGAGCUGCACUAUUUGAACUUACAACAUUUAUAAUUAUGUAUAUUUUUUGUAUUUUCGCUAUAACGUUGCAUUUAAACCUCUAUGUAUUGUUAACAGAAAAAUGUUCAAUAAAUAUUUUUAACAUA